GUUAUACCACCUAUGAAAAUCUUACUGAUUAAUUGUAUAAGUUUAAGCUUACAAUAAAUAUUCUGGCAGUUUCAUCCUAACAACUUUGGAUUUUAUCUAAAAUACUGUAAUGUGCAGCCAUAAUACUGUCUAGUCAUAAAUUUACAGGAGCUUGCACUGAGAUUCUUCUUGCCGUAUAUUUAUGAAUCCUGAAAUGCUUAAAAGCUGGUUACAAGCUAAAUUCUAAGGCUACCAGUGAAGUAACUGUUAAAUACUUUCCUCUUCUUUUGAACUUUGAUUUGUUCAUUAUGAAGUUAUCCUUGCAGGAUUAAGUACAGUGGUAGUUAUGCAUGAGCCACUAUCACAUAGUGAUUGCUCGAUGCUUUCCCUAUAGCUAAAAAAAAAGUGAAGUUUUGGGUUUGGAAUUUUCUUACGUUUUUCUACAAAUGACCAGUGAAGAAAUGAGCUGCUGUGAAUAGCACAGCAGUGACUAAUCUUGCACCCUGCAUUGCUUAAGCUGUCAGCCCACAUUGUAGCUUGCGCUUGAGAAGCUCGUGUGGGUUCUCAUACCACAAAUGUUGCUUUUUUGACGCCAUUUGCUUCCUUUCUAGAGAACGCAUUUCUAUGAAAGAUGAAAAUGAAUCCUUCUUCUGUGUGUGCAUUUUUAAGGCUGCAAAUGAAGCAUAGGAUUGCUUUGAGUUUGAAAGGAAACCCCUUCAGCUUUGCUUUUUAGUCCAGCUGCCACUAAGAACUAUUUAGCAAAAAAACGCAUCCCUUAAAAACUACAUUUCAAAGCAGCUCUCUAAAUAGCUUUACUCCUUAGCCAGUAAACAUCUUAACUUCUCAUUUUCUCACAUAGACUAAUCUUAACAAAUCCAUCUCACUGCUUACUAUGUUAAAAUGAGAUUAGGAUUUUAGACAUAAACGCGGGACAAUAAGAUGACUACAGAAGGGUCCAUUUUUGUGAGCAGUUAGCACCGUUGUGUGUUUCUUCAACUCCAUUUGUAAGUUACCCCAUGUAGUUGAACUCUAAAAGGUUUUUACUAUUCUUUUUUCAAUUACAAGUUUAUGAAAUUUUGGAUUUUUCUGAAGAUUUUGGCUGAUUCCCAGGUGAAAGUUGAAACAAAUCCUUGAGGGGUAGAGCAAACAGGCUGUGUUAAGCGUGUGUUUGCCUAUUGUGUGUACACUUACUCUGCUUCCCAAUUAUAUUCAUGGUUUAGCUGUAAGUAGCAUUUCUUGACCUCGGCACUCAAGUUCUGUGCCGAGACGCUGGCAGUGUGGAUUAGUCCAGUGGGCCUUCCAGUCUAACAUCUCAUUUUUGAUAGGUGUCUACCAGAAUAUUUAUUUCCUGUGAGCUGUGAAAGCAAAUUAUUCUGCCAGGAGGAGAAGCUUCAUCCUAGUGUGUGUUACUUGGCAAGGUUGGGGGGUUUUGUAAUACUUGUUUUAUGCUCUCUUUUCUGCUCAGAGGGACUAAAAAAGCACUGCUGGGGGUUUUACAGCAAUAACCUCCUAGUGUCUAAGUGGAAGAGGAGAUGACUGCUUCACCGUGAACUCUUUGCAAACUGAAUGCUUAUUCACAGGUUAAGUUAGGGGUGUUGAGCCUGGCGUCGACCUUGCCAGUUGUUCAGGAAGGAGUUCUGCUUGCAUCUCUUUCUUUGUAAACCGCUUGUUUUACUGUCUUAGCUGGUUAGUCAUCAUGAUCAAAUUCAUGGUUGGUGUUUGCUAAGACCUAUCCUAGUGUGCUGGGAUUUUUUUUUUUUUUUUUCCCCCCACUUCGCCUUAAAUGAAAGCUAGCAUGGGAUUCGUUCCUAGUCAUUGACCCAAUGCCCAUGUGAACAUAGCAGCCUGGUACGUUUUCUGUCUCCCCACGUCUCCCAUCUCUGCAGCAGACUGUCUCACUGGCUGUGUAAGGAGAAGCCGAGUCCCGCUUGGGAGCGGCUGGGAGGAGACCGGUUUGCCAAGCAGGUGUGCCCCGGAGCUGGGCAGCCGUCGGGGUGCUUCCUGGAGACGCUUAUCUUCCCGUGGUCAGAAGUCCGUCCCUGCAGGCUUUUUGCCAAUCCUGCUGCUAUCGCACGUUCUCUUCGGGAGCGGAGAAGGAACAGUCUCUUUCAGAUGCUAUCUUGGACUGAAAGGAACUGAAAUGGCCGCAGCCGCAGCAGGUGGGGAGGUUUGGAGCGUGGAGGCCUUCAGAAUCACACAGAAGCAAAAUUCUCGGGUCUCGUGUCAGGGCACAUGUGCACAUUUCAAAGGACUUCAUGUUUCCAAGAACAUUUGCUGCAUGGCCUUUGAAAGGGUUUCAGUGUCAUGGUUUAAAUGUGCUGUACAACUUCUUGUGCUUUCCGUACUUUUCUUCAUGGUAAUCGUCGCUGUCUCCAAACCGAAUGCAGCACGGCGCGUCCGCCGCAGCUGGCAGAGCACAGCGGGACUGGCAAACUCCCGUCUGACUCUUAACACCAGCAAAACAUCUGUCCUCAUCUAAGAAAUAUGAAUAAGCUUGCAGAACAGCAUCAUCAUCUGGUCAUAAACAGGUAGCAGAAAGAGGCUGAAAUGAAUAGUAAUCAUCCAGUUUAAGAUUUUGAUAUAUGUAAUCAUGAUGAUUGGCAACCUGUUGAAUAGAUUUUAACGUACCUGAAUUGCAACAUGUUGUGAAAAGAAGGGGAGAAAUAAAAGCCAGAAUGGAUAGAGGCAGCAAGUAAUCCAUGGCUCUGGGCUUGCUCUUGUUUUUUAAAAAAGCCCAUCAUAAAUUUGCAGAAAACAGUCCUGUACAGCUAGUGAUAUUACUAGCUCGUUGGCUAAUAAUGUUACGCUGGUUUGGCUAAUUGUUGCUUUUCUUAUUGACUUAGACUUAUAGUUAAUUCCCUUUCUUGCCCACAAUGGCAGUAAGAAUUUCCAUGCUAGAAAUUAUCAGUAAAAAAACCCCAGCUAAAUAUUUAUUUUUUUUUAAAGAAGAAGGAGUAAACAGGAGCCAGUCAUAUGUAUGUGCAGAACUAAAUUUCAGGAGCAGGGUUUAUGUGUAAAUUUAAGCAUAUUUACAAAACACAGACAUCAAUCUGUUUUUUUGAAAAUAAUAUGCAGUGGAUUGCUCUGGUUUUAAUACUUAUGUUUUGUAGUACAAAAAGGAGGAAAGAGACAUUUUUUAAAAGGCCAAAUAAACUUCAGUUGUAUUAAUCUGUAUCAAGCUAAAAAUAUGGAUGUAGAGAAAAAUAGAUAGCGGAGUAUUUUCUGAAGCAUUACUGAUUUUGUGUUUGACUCCGGGUAUGCUGCUUCUCUUCCUGAAUUUAUAUAAGGCUGCUCUAGACUCUUUUUGGCAAUAGCAGCAGCCAUAUGGUCUGGCUACUAAAAUUAGGUUCUGCAGAGGCUCUGGCAGCUCGGGAGGAGGAAGGAAAGGGCUUUCCUUUGCAUCGCUCAGUCACAGCCUGUACACAACGUAGCUGCAGUCGCACACGCCGUUUGCUGCGGUUCGCGACCGUCACGCCUCGGCUCGUCUGCUGCCAUCCAGUAUCUGCGUGUAAAUUAAAACUGCCUCGUCUACCGUAGGAUUGGAAUAUGUCCCGUUGUCCAAAUUGUCCAAUAGCCCUCAGUUUUCUGCAUUUUUUUCAGCAGGACAACUUCAUAAUAUGAAAUGAUAACAUCUUGCGCACGGGUCUUUCAGGCAAGGGAGCGGCUGUGGUGGCUAAACCUUCUGAAUCUGAUCACCUUCACCGUCUUUGGUACCGUGAGGAUGGAGCUCUUCAGAUCCAACGUUGCUGCAAAUCCCAACAAAAUAGUUAGAAAAGUGUUGCCCUAAUGAAUCGCUGUAAGAAAAUCUCACUGAGCCACACGCGGACCAGAGGAACUUCAGGGCUACGUGGGGGAGCCCUUCUGCAACCUAUGAUUUUUCUCAGUCUGAAUUUUUUACAGGCCCGGGUAGUUGAGAAACAUCUAGCUAAGAGGCUAUAGGCUUUCUGGUUCUGACUCUGUGGUUAUGUACAAAUUUAGCACUUUGUAAAGCCAUUUGGAUAUACAAUUGAAAAAGAAGAAGAGUGCGCAUUGUUAUUAAGAUGAGAAAUUAAUACAGUUUUUAUUGCAUUUAACGUACGUUUGUUCUGCAGAACAUAUUUUCUGCGUGAAAAUCACAACUGUCUCAUCUGCAAUAGGAUUUUGACGUGUCAAAGACAUGUUUUUCCUGGGGAUGUGGCGAUUGUUCCAUCGCUCCACCAUGUCACGAAAAGUUACGCCAAUUUUUGACACGACACACAGUUCAGUUCUGUCACUUCGAACACCGGCGUCUCCUAAAAUUCAUCCUCCUCAAAGACGAAAAGCGACCUGACCCAGGCGCGCUGACAGAAGCCCGUGCUGACCCUACAGCUGUCCCACAAAACUGCUCGUGCACGUGCUGCGUUCGCCGAAAGGGCACGAAACCGCCGCGGUGGCACAAAUCUUUGGUGCGGGAGCCGUGACCUCUCUGGAACCGCUCCGUCCGUGCCCCGUACCGCUCUGCCCACGCCGCCGGCGGGAACGAUGUCCCGGCAGCGCCCGGUGAAUGCAGCCGUGGGAAGGAGUUUCUGCAUCAAAAGGAGAUGCACGCUUUACACGGGGGGUAAUUAAGCUGUAAAUCUCGUUGCCACGGGAUUUUGCGGGUCCGGGUAUUUACAUUUGCCUGAAGAGCGAAGAAAUUCACAUGAAAAAGAGCCACCAAGGGGAAUUAAACACAAAUCCUGGGAAAUCCUUGAGCAGAGGCUGGGAGUGUAACGGGGAAGCACUGCUCUCGCGUUUGCUUAUCCUCGCCGCUUUUUGCUGCGCGUCUGCUAUUAGCCACCGUUAGCAACAGGAUAUUUCAUCGUUUCUUUUAAAUGAACCCCUACUGACCGGCAUCCCUCGUGAGCUCUGGAAAGAGCUGGCUUCGGUCCUCUGCUCCGCCGCAUGCUUUCUGUAUAACCUCAUUUUCCUUCCUUCAGGGAAAAACAGAAAUCGGAGCGUUUCCCACACUCUGACAGGGUUGAAACUGCUCGUGUUAGGCUUGGGAAGCGCUUAGGAACGCGGCGGGGGAGUGUGUGUGUGUUGGUGUCCGGCGUUGCCGCGGAGCCGGGCUCUGUUGACGGACUCGGAGUCGCGGUGGCCAGGGUGCCAUGGGCCCGCGGCGGGUGCCGGUGGCUCUGACGGUGGUGGGACUGCUCCGGGAUCCGGCUUUCCACGUGGCCAAGUGCACGGCAGAGGCUCUGAAGCUGAAAUUUCCAAGGAAGUUUACAGAUCCUGUAAUACAGCCUUUAGCGGAAUUUGCAUGGCGUGAAUAUUUACAGGAGAAAAAGAAGGAGCUGAGAGGCGAGGUGUGGGCUUACGCCUCCUCGGUGAUGUGCUUCAUCGCCGGCCAGCUGCUGGGGGACGAGAAGGAGCUACUUGAGUGGUCUUACCGUGAGUGGGACUAUCGCGACUUCAAGCCCGAGGCACUUUACCAAGCGAUUGCUGAGGAUUUCUACGUCAAGCAUCUGAAAAACAGCCAGCACGUGUUCGUGUACCUGGAGAUAGCCAUUGAGGAACAGCCCGUCGGGAGGCUGCUGUUUGAGCUCUUUUCAGAUGCGUGUCCCAGGACCUGUGAGAAUUUCCGUGCCCUGUGCGCCGGAGGAGCAAAGUCUCCCUGCGACGGCCGAGAGCUCACCUACAAAAACUCCCUUUUUCAUCGCCUCGUGAAAAACGGGUGGAUCCAAGGAGGAGACAUCGUAACUGGAAAGGGAGAUGGAGGAGAGUCAAUUUAUGGCCCCACCUUUGAAGAUGAAAGCUUCUCCAUCCGUCACAAGGGAAGAGGGGUCCUUGGGAUGGCCAACAAGGGCCGCCACAGCAACGCUUCGCAGUUCUACAUCACCCUCCAGCCAGCUCCCUACCUGGACAAAAAAUACGUGGCUUUCGGGCAACUGAUUGAGGGCACGGAGGUCCUCCAGAGACUGGAAGUCGUACCUACCUACAACGAAAGGCCUACGGUAGCCUGCAAGAUUAUUAACUGUGGGACCUUUGAGCCAUGAUCACCAGCUGGUUUUCCUGCCUGCUGUAAGGUAGAGCGCUAUUUUCCACUCAGCUUUUUACAGACCUUGAUGGCUUUUACUUAAGGCAAAAAUAAAAGCGCUACUGGCACAUGUGAA